UGACUCACAUCCGACAGAAUAAAAAACCAUGCAGGGAUUUAUCUUUGGACGAAGACCACCAUAUAGUAGCCUUAGAAGAAGGUUAAUCUUCCCCAGUGGAGGUAGCUAUGGUGGAGGCGGUGGAUAUGGCAACAGGGAUAACAGAGGAGGCGGUGGCGCCCCCCGUGAGAUGCCCACAGAACCACCUUUUACAGCAUAUGUUGGCAAUUUACCACAAGGACUCGUACAAGGAGACUUAGUGGAGAUUUUCAAUGAGUUAAAUGUGAAGAGUGUACGCCUUGUGAGGAAUAGAGAGACUGAUGAAUUUAAAGGAUUUUCCUAUGUAGAGUUUGGUGAUUUAGAAUCACUCAAGGAAGCUUUAGCAUAUGACGGUGCAUUAUUUGGAGAGCGUAGUCUGCGAGUAGACGUUGCAGAACAGAAAAGAGACCGGGGUGGUGGCAGAGGCAGAGGAAGAGGUGGCCCAGAUGGAGGUUUCCGUGGAGGUCGUGGAGGUUUCAGGGGGGAUCGCGGGGGACGUGGGGGAUACGGCG